ACACACUGACACAGCCAACCACAACAACAACAACACUAAACUCAGAGGAAGGAGAGGAUGUUCAGAUCAGCUCGACAGGGAAGACAGGGAAAGAACAACAGCAACAACAACAACAGCAACAAGAGAAGCAACAGCAAAAACACUCACCAACACCUCAACGAACCAACAAAACCCAAACAGGGCUCAGCAUCAACCAAAAAAUCAAAACAGUCAACCGGCAACUCAAAGGGUGACAGAAUAGAUGAAGACCACCAGUUUUACGACUAUCAGGCCAACAGCCAAUCAACAGGAAAACGACUGACUGCCAAUCAGAUCGACGAUCACCGUCUCACGGGAACUAGACCUUCCAAAGGUGAUGAUCAAGAAGACCUAGAGAUCGAUGACUUGGCCCGGAUCGAAUCACUCGUCGAACGAUGCCAACAAGAGAACGACGAAGGCUUCGGUUUUGUGAACAGUGACGACGACGAAAGUAUCGACUCUGAUGAGGCAGAUGGUGAACUAGAUCAACCCAAGAGGAAACCCAAACAACUGGAUCAUCAAAAAAACAAUCUUGGAAAACGCCCGAACGCAAAGGUUAGGUUUGAAGAAAGCGAAACAUCAAGCCUGUCGGAUGGAUCGGAAGAAGAAACUGACUUGGAUCAAGAUGAAUUUAUCGAUGCCUCCACGAUGCUCGACAUUGGUGCAGACAGCGAUCACGCAUUCUCGGAUGAGGAAGAUGGGAUGAGUGGUUCUGAGAAUUCGGACCGAUCGAGUCAACGCGAUAAUUCAGAAGAUAGAAACAUCGAUCUGGACGAGCUCGAGGAUGAUGAAGAAUCUAGAUUGAACCAUCUCGCCAAAAUCGUCGAUAACUUGGACUCGUUAACUGCCCAGAAGCGGAAGGAGAACAGUCUGGAUAACUCAACCGAUCACCCAUCCGAUGGUCCGACUAAAAGGCGCAAGCUAUUACCCGUUCAAAUCGAGUCACGUACUGAAGGAGAAAUCUUGCCGAGUAUGUCUGCCGGAGGAAUGAUAGAUGAGCAAGCCUCAAGUCGAGUGAACUUGGAAGAUCUACUCUCAAACUUAUCCUCAACACCGGGAAUUUCGGAACUCAAGAAGUCUCUCAAGCCACUGAUUACAUCUAACAAAUCAUCCAAAGCCGGUCCGAUCCCAGCUCCUCUCGAAACCCGUCGACAACAGCAGAUAGAACGUCAAGCUGCUUAUGAGCUGACCAAGAAGGAGAUGUCAAAGUGGGACGAGACUACCAAGUUGGCUAAAGGUUUAACCGGACGAAACUCGGAUGGUAAAAAUCGAUUUGUCGUACCCUCCAAUCAAAUAUCUACGGCCGAUAAAGAGCCCGAUGCGACCCGUUGGAACAUGCACUUCAACCCUCUGAAUAACUUGGAGAGUCAGGUGGUCGGACUAAUUGAAAGUUCUCAGAUCACCAGCAAGAGGCUUGUCCAGGAAGAGAACGAUCAACUGAUCUCCCAAGGAACCCUGCCCGAACAAAUCAGAGAAAAGGUUCUCGAGUCCAAGAUGGCCAGAGAACUGAUGUUCCGAGCUGAACGGAAGGCCAAACGAGUAGCUAAGAUCAAGAGUAAGGCUUUUCGUCGAAUCCGGAAGAAGGAGAAGCAGCGGAAAUCGAUCUCAGGCGUUGGAGGGGCAGAGGCAGACAUGGACUUUAUCCAAGAGCUCGAUGACAUUGAUGGCGGAGACCGGGUGCAGACAAAGACCGAAGAGAUGGAACUCGAACGAGCACGCGAAAGAGCUUCCUUGAAACAUUCCAACCAGGGCAAAUGGGCCAAGAAAGUGGCCGGCUUGAAAGGCUUGGGGGGCGAUACUAACACCGCCAUUCAAGAAAGGAUCCGACGUGAAGAGCUUCUCAAGAAGAAAAUCUCCGGUCGUCAAGGCUCAGAUGACUCAGAAGAUGGAUCGGAUUCUGAUUCUGAUUUUGACUCGGACGCCGAGGAUGAUGUCGAUGCCAUCAGAGCACAUGCACUCAAACAGCUCGGCCAAAUAGAUUCCAAAAGACAGAACUCCGAUGACGAGCCCCCUCUGAAAGGUCUGUUCGCCAUGAAGUUCAUGCAAAAUGCCAUGGCUGUCAAGGAAAGGAAGGCUGAGGAAGCUAGGCUCGAACUCCACCAACAAUUGCUCGACGAUCAGCAAGACCGUUCAGGAGCAGAGGAGGAAGAUCUCAACGGCGGAAUGAAGGUUCAAGGAAAUCCGGGUAGAUUGGUCUUCAAUCCUGAGGUCUGUCGUCAAAUCAUCGGCCCAUCGACGGCAGACGAUGAUGCAACCACUUCUGAUCAAGACACAUCAACUCAUCCGGCCCCUUCUCGAACAACCAAAACGUCAGGCUCUCAUCUUCGAGUGAUGGCUGUGGGAGACAGAUUGCCCACAGAUGGCAUCAGCAACCCAUCCAAGUCCAUUCCGAACCGGGCUGGAACCGAGGCAGAGUCGAAUCCAUGGCUGGUUGCCCUCGAUUCGACGACGAAGGGAGGGACGAUCUCUCGAAUCAAAGACCUGAAUCCGAACUCGGGUAAGAACGCCGACUCGGUAGACGUAGUAGCUGAGAAGGCGAAAUUGAAAGCCGAGAAACGGAAGCGCAAGCAGACGACUGAGAGGGAGCUUGCGACUGAGGACGCCAAAGUAGACCUGGACUUCAACGCGUUCCUCGGCGGAAAGAGCGAGGGGGUGGGCGCGAAUGCGCUCCAGAACAUGCAGGAUCAAGGCGACGAGGAUGCUGCAGAGGACGCGAUCAUCCGUCAGGGCCAGACUGAUUCUCAGGGACGAUCCGCAUUCCAACAGCGCGAGCUCGUCAAACAGGCUUUCGCUGAUGACGGCGUAGUCGCACAAUUUGUCGAGGAGAAACGGAAACAAAUUGAGAAAGAGGCGCCCAAAGAAGUCGAUGUGACUCUUCCUGGUUGGGGAGAUUGGGUAGGCAAAGGAGGAAAGAAAGCGAAACAUUCGAAGAAGUUUGUGAAGAAAGUCUCAGGAGUUGAGCCGAGCAAACGGCAAGAUGCGGGGAAACAGAACGUGAUCAUUUUGGAGGGCAAGUCGACGAAACAUAACGGCUCGAAGAAGCUGAACAAAUACCAGCUCAAGGAUCUCCCGUUCCCGUACACGAAUCGCCACCAACUCGAGCUCAAUCUCGGCCACUCUAUCGGCCCUGAAUUCAACUCCAGACUCGCUCAUCGUCAUCUCACUAGACCUGAUGUCCUGUCCACCCCCGGCGUCGUCAUCCAACCCGCUGAUAAACCCGUUUGAGAUUUGUUCUUUGUUCUCUUUGACUCUCUCUCUCUCUCUCUCUCCUUUGUUUUGUUUUUUUCUUUGGCUUUUACAUUACAUAUUUCUAUCUCUUAUAUCUUAAUUUUUUAUAGAGAAAAAAGAACAUGACCGAUUCUUGCGAUUUGCUGUUGAUGAUGAAACCAAGCAGAACAAAAAACAUGCAUGUUGAAGAUUGAGCAUUCGAGACUCCCGAAGUUCCAAUGAU